CAGAAGUUUCCUUAAGUAACUGAUGCCACAAAUAGAUUUAUCUAAGAAGAACACCCAUCACUCAAGAAGGCAAACCUCAUACGGGUUUCACUUUAACUUAAAAAUAGGAAUCUUCUUUGUUGUCGGGAAGAUGUUUGUCAUCUUGAUUUGCAUCUUGACACUCCAAGAUGUGCACACUGCUUGUGUUGUGCCGCCAGAAUGUUUGCCGGAGAACACAACCGUGCAGUCCGAGAUCGUAAAUGUUCACAACGCCUUCAGGAGAGCAGUUGAGCCUGCUGCUGCCGACAUGCUGAUGAUGACUUACAGUUUGGAGUUAGCAGCCAGCGCUCAGGCUUGGGUGGAUAAAUGUGCUCUCAGUCAUGGACCAGUCAGCACUCGUCUGCUUGAUGGAUAUGAAUUAGGUGAGAAUCUCUUCUAUUCUUCCUCCCCAUCCUCAUGGACCACUGUUAUUACGACCUGGCAUAAAGAGAAGUCACACUAUCUUUACCCCAAUGGAUCCACCAACGGACAACCCAUCGGUCACUACACACAGGUUGUGUGGAACAGCUCCUACAAAGUGGGCUGUGGACUUGCUCUAUGUCCCAACAACAUCUACUUCUAUGGCUGCCAUUAUUUCAGAGCUGGAAACUUUAAGAGAUGGCCUCCCUACAAGGUUGGAACCUCAUGUGCUUCCUGCCCAAACAACUGUGUGGACAAACUCUGCACCAAUCCAUGUCCUUAUAUAAAUACCUUCAUCAACUGUCCCAGACUGAAAGUCCUCAAUGGAUGCAGCAACCCGCUGGUGUUUGCCUGGUGUCCUGCUUCUUGCAAAUGUACCACUGAGAUUGUUCCAAUAUAUUAGACUGAACAGCAAGAAUAUUUAAAUUUCAGGUGUUCUUUAUCUGUACUUAAUAUAAUGCUGGCAUCUGCAAAGUACA